AUGGUUAUGCAUGAUGAAUGUAAACUGAAGUUCUUAGAGCUAAAAGCAAAGAGGAAUUACCGGUUCAUUAUUUUUAAGAUUGAAAAUCAAGAAGUGGUGGUGGAGAAACUGGGAAGCCCAUAUGAAACCUACGAGGACUUUCCUAAGUCUCCGCCUACCAAUGAGUACCACUAUGCUGUCUAUGAUUUAGAUUUCUUCACUGAUGAGAAUUUCCCUAAAGGUCACCUUGAUACAUCAAAAGUGAGAAGUAAGGUGGUCUAUGCCACCUCGAAGGAUAGAUUCAAGAGGGACCUGGAUAUGGAUGACACUCCAGUCAUGUCACAAGCAACAGAUCCUAGUAAAAUGAGCCUUGACACUGUAAAAGGGCAAGAACUUUGUCAUUUCAACUUCUUGAUGUUUAGCUCCUCCUAA